CUGCUGACAUGAAUUUCACACAAUGCUUUACUGCUUUUCUGGUAGGUUUGAGGUAAAAAAAAUGCGAGACGACAACGACGAAAGCGAGCAGGCAUGGCCGCGAGCUUAUCUCUCCACGUCACUGCCGGCUGCGGGUCCAAGAAGAAGAAGAGGUACAAGCAGGCGGGGAAGAGCAGAGCAGUGACCAGUGAGCUGCUUGUCCAAGAAUCGCUCCCACUCCCGGCUGUCGGGAGAGCGCAGCCCAGCUAGCCGCCUCCGCUUCUUGGAGGUCGAUGGCCGCGAAGGGGUUGAGGGAGGUGGGGAGGAGGAGGGCGGCGGAGGUCGGGCGGCGCUGCUUGUCUGGCGGGAGCGCUGGGCCGCCGGCGCCGGCGGCGAAGCGGAAGGAGGGAGGGAAGGCGGUGAACCUGUUCACGGCCGUCAACCAGGCGCUCCACAUCGCCCUCGACACCGACCCCCGCGCCUACGUCUUCGGAGAGGACGUCGGGUUCGGCGGCGUCUUCCGCUGCACGACAGGCCUCGCCGAUCGGUUCGGCAAGAGCAGAGUGUUCAACACGCCGUUGUGUGAGCAGGGUAUUGCUGGAUUUGCCAUCGGCCUAGCAGCGAUGGGCAAUCGAGCUAUCGCAGAAAUCCAGUUUGCGGACUACAUAUUUCCAGCCUUUGAUCAGAUUGUCAAUGAAGCAGCUAAGUUCAGAUAUCGGAGUGGAAAUGAAUUUAACUGUGGAGGCUUAACGAUUCGAACUCCCUAUGGUGCUGUUGGGCAUGGUGGUCAUUACCAUUCACAGUCACCAGAGGCUUUCUUCUGUCACGUUCCUGGACUCAAGGUUGUCAUACCACGGAGUCCACGCGAGGCUAAGGGGUUGCUGUUGGCCAGCAUCCGAGAUCCAAACCCAGUUGUAUUUUUUGAGCCAAAGUGGCUGUAUCGCUUGGCUGUUGAAGAAGUUCCCGAGGAGGAUUACAUGCUGCCAUUAUCCGAGGCAGAAGUGAUUAGGGAAGGAAGUGAUAUAACACUUGUUGGAUGGGGAGCUCAGCUUGCGGUGCUGAAAGAAGCCUGUGAAGAUGCUGCAAAGGAUGGGGUGUCUUGCGAACUCAUCGAUCUGAAAACACUCGUACCAUGGGACAAGGAAACGGUAGAGGCCUCGGUGAAGAAGACCGGGAAGCUCCUCGUUAGCCACGAGGCUCCAGUCACCGGGGGCUUCGGCGCGGAGAUCGCCGCGUCCAUUGCCGAGCGCUGCUUCCAGAGGUUAGAAGCACCCGUGGCGAGAGUCUGCGGUCUCGACACCCCUUUCCCUCUCGUGUACGAGCCAUUUUACAUGCCCACCAAGAACAAGGUCCUGGACGCGAUAAAAGCCACUGUAGAUUUCUGAAACAUGUUGCUUGAUCGAUACAGAGUACUCUAGUAGUCUAGUUAGAUGUGCACGGUUUGUGCUGGUCUGGGUCUGUAGCCUGAGGAUGAGCGAUCCACAAACCGGCUUAUUUGUAUUCAACAAUACAGCGAUAAAUAAAGCCGCAAGGUGCAAAAUUGUAGGAUGUCAUGAUGUAUCGAAGUGUUCCCAGCGAAAUUCGUUGUAUGUAAUUGUCGCACUG